CUGCCCCGGGUCCCCGUGCUCGGCUGUGUCCCCGCGGCCCUGCGGGAGGAGCUGUGAGAGCAGGACACCCAGUGCCUGGAGCGCCCGGGCCCGCGCAGCCUCCUGUCCCCCCGGAGUAGCCAGCAGGCGCCGCCGCAGCACAAACUCCUCCUCCCGUAAUCCCUCCCUCCUCGUCCUCCUAGAGAGAGAGAGAAACUUGCUCGGGGUUUAACCACAAGGCAGCGGGAACUUUCCCAGGGCUGACCGGUCAUGGCUGCAUCUGCUCCGGCGAGCCAGUGGAUCUAGAGCGGCUGGAAGGAUCCGGGAUAUGUGCACUGUACUACGGCCGGGCAAUAACCUGUAACUAGCGCCCUAUGAGCUGCCGCUAACCGGUGGGGGCCAGAGGAGCCCCCCGAUCAUUAUUUUAUCCGAUCUGAGAUUUUAGCCGUGCGAGAAGGGACUUUAUCCCCGCGGGUUUCCUCGUCUUGUAACGUUCCCCGUACUGUACAUCUCUGCGCGCUUCACAUCGGGGCAGGAUGGCGAUGAAGACAGCUGCCCCCGGCACCGGGAUCCUGCUGGUGACAGCCAACGUGGGGACCCUGUUUGAUGAUACAGAAAACUUACAAAAGAGCUGGCUUCGAGAAUUUUACCAGACUGUGCAUGCCCAGAAGCCACAGUUUUUAUCUUUGCACUGUCAAGAAGUUGGUGGAAAGAAUUAUGAAGCUUCCAUGUCGCAUGUUGACAAAUUAGUCAAAGAUCUGCUGUCAAGUGACGCAAUGAAGGAAUACAACAGAGCUCGCGUUUACCUAGAUGAGAACUACAAGUCCCAGGAAAACUUCACUGCACUCGGAAGUUUCUACUUUAUUCACGAGUCUCUAAAGAAUGUGUACCAGUAUGACUUCAAAGCAAAAAAGUACAGAAAAGUUACUGGUAAAGAGAUCUAUUCGGACACAUUAGAAAGCACUCCGAUGUUGGAAAAAGAAAAGUUCCCACAGGAGUUCUUUCCAGAGAGUAAAUCAUCUAGGAAAGGCUUUAUUCGAACGCGAUGGUGUAUUACAGACUGUGCCUUUGACUUGGUAAACAUCCAUCUUUUCCACGAUGCUUCCAAUUUAAUUGCUUGGGAAUCCAGCCCUUCUAUCUACUCAGGAAUACGGCAGAAGGCUCUUAGUUAUGUUCUUAAUAGUAUUACAGAUCAUCGAUACGAAAAAGUACCUUUCUUUAUUUUUGGAGAUUUUAACUUUCGACUGGAUUUAAAAUCAGUGGUAGAGACACUUUGUGCGAAAAUGACAAUGCAAACUGUACAUGCAACAGACACUAACGCAGUAGAUAAGCUGAUUUUCUGCGAAUCAGAGAAUGACCGCAAGGUUGUACUCCAAAUAGAAAAGAAGUUAUUCGAUUAUUUUAAUCAAGAGGUUUUUAGAGAUAACAAUGGCACUGCGCUUUUAGAAUUUGACAAGGAGUUGUCUGUCUUUAAAGACAGAUUGUAUGAACUGGAUAUCACAUUUCCACCCAGUUAUCCAUACAGCGAAGACAGCAGUCAAGGAAAGCAAUACAUGAAUACACGAUGUCCAUCAUGGUGUGAUCGAAUCCUAAUGUCACAUUUGGCUAAAGAACUUCUUUUGAAGUCUGAAAAUGAUGAACGAAUAGUGACUUAUGACAGCAUUGGGCCAAAUAUCUGCAUGGGGGACCACAAGCCUGUCUUCCUGUCCUUCCGAAUAGCCUCAGGGGCAGGUAAAGCCAAUGCUCAUGUGCACAAGUGUUGUAUCGUGCAGUGAUGUGGUGGAAAAAGAUGCCAGCACAAUGAGAAGAUAUAUCGGGAGACCACAUUGUGAGGACGCUAGCAGUACAGCAGUAAAUCAGCCUCCAUUUUACAAAAGGGCAGAUGAAAACAACUUCUAACAGCCACAUUUGUAAAUUAUGGAUCCUCCACUAUAGACUUUAAUAUCCCGAGAAGUCUCACAUACCUCACUUUCUUGUACGGUCAUAUAACAUCUGUUAGAAAAUAUAUAUAUAUAUUCUUUUAGUUUGGUAAUUUUAAUUCACUGUUGUGUUGCCAAAAUCCCAUAUCAAACUAUACAAAUCUAUACACAAAAACGAAAAGUGAGAAUACGGCACUCCAGUUAUGAGGUGGUGCACAAGCCAGUGUACCACCAGUCCCUCAAAUAUAUGGAAUAAAGAAGCAGAG